GUGACCAGGCCAGAGACCCAAAAAACCACCCCCUGACCCUGGACGCCGGAUCCCCAAACCCUCCCCCUCCAGACCCCCUCGACGCGAGAUGGCCGACGACAACGGCGGCGGCGGCGGCGACGACUACGUCAGCGAGGCCGUCCGCCCCGAGGGUGAUACACAUACGCGUGAAGAGGGAUUGUCAAAAUCCAGGGAUCGAGACAGAGAAAAAGACAAGGAUAAGGAGCGCCAUAGGGACCGUGACAGAGAUAGAGGAAGAGACAGAGAUCGGGGUCGGGACAGGGAUCUAGACAAGGAUCGGGACAGGGACAAGGAUCGGGAUCGCCACCAAAGGCAUCACCGUGACAAAAGGGAGCACCGAGACCGUCCUGAUGAUCACGAUCGUCACAGAAGCCGUGAUUCUGAAAGGAGAAGGGACCGCGAGAGAGAUGGACAUCGCAGGCAUCGCUCUCGUUCACGGUCUCGUUCAAGGGGCAGGGAUGAUCACAGAUCUCGAUCUCAUUCAAAAAGUACUACUAAUACUGAUUGUGUUGAAGCAGCAAGCGAGUCAGUGGAUUCGACCUGGGACCAACAGCACAAUCCGUACUUCCUCAGUUCCCUACCAUUCCAACCCCAAAGCAUUUUCACUGUAGAUAUAUUCUUGGAGAUGCCAUAUCACCAAGCACCUUUACAUGCAUCUGUAACUACAAUACAAACACUUGAAAGAGUUGAAGAUGCUUCGUGGAAUCUACCUAGAACUGCACCAAUAAGGCGAGAGGGUCAGUUACCUGGCUCUUCUAUUCCUGGAAUGUUCCCGAACAUGCUCCCUUUUGCUGUUGGACAGUUCAAUCCCCUCGUCAUGCAGCCACAAGCCAUGACUCAACAGGCUACUCGGCAUGCUCGGCGUGUUUAUGUUGGUGGCCUUCCCCCAUCUGCUAAUGAACAGUCUGUUGCAAUAUACUUUAAUCAAGUCAUGGCUGCUAUUGGAGGAAACACUGCUGGUCCAGGUGAUGCUGUUCUUAAUGUGUACAUAAACCAUGACAAGAAAUUCGCUUUUGUGGAGAUGAGGUCUGUGGAGGAAGCAAGCAAUGCAAUGGCACUGGAUGGCAUUUUAUUUGAAGGUGCACCAGUGAAGGUUAGAAGACCAACAGACUAUAACCCUUCUCUGGCAGCUGCCCUGGGCCCAAGCCAGCCAAGCUCCAAUUUGAAUCUUGCUGCGGUUGGCCUAACACCAGGUUCAGCCGGAGGGUUAGAAGGCCCGGACCGUAUUUUUGUGGGUGGUCUCCCCUAUUACUUCACAGAGGCUCAAGUUCGGGAGCUGCUUGAAUCAUUUGGGCCUCUUCGAGGAUUUGAUCUUGUGAAAGAUAGGGAAACUGGUAACUCAAAGGGCUAUGCGUUCUGUGUCUACCAGGACCUCAAUGUCACUGACAUAGCCUGCGCUGCUCUAAAUGGUAUCAAGAUGGGAGACAAAACUCUUACGGUCAGACGAGCAAACCAGGGCUCAGCCCAACCUAGACCAGAGCAGGAAAGUAUCCUGUUGCAGGCACAGCAGCAGGUGCAGUUACAGAAACUUGUGUAUCAAGUUGGAGCGCUCCCUACAAAGGUUGUAUGCCUGACCCAGGUAGUUACUGCUGAUGAAUUAAAGGAUGAUGAAGAAUAUGAGGACAUUAUGGAGGACAUGAGGUUGGAAGCUGGGAAAUAUGGUAACUUGGUGAAAGUUGUCAUCCCGCGCCCUCAUCCGAGUGGAGAGCCAGUUUCUGGAGUUGGAAAGGUGUUCUUAGAGUAUGCAGAUGUUGAUGGUUCCACCAAAGCAAAGACGGCGAUGCAUGGAAGGAAAUUCGGUGGAAACCCAGUUGUUGCGGUCUUCUACCCCGAGAACAAGUUUGCUGAUGAGGACUAUGACGCGGCAGCAUAAAUUAUCUCUCUUUUCCAAUGACAAUAGUGCUUUCUGUAGUUUGUUCGAUUUACAGCAACGUUUUCCCUUCUAGUCGAGCUUUCUUGUAGCCCUGGAUUUAUGCAGAACCGCCAGUUAUUAAUAUUGGAAGAUAGAUUGCCUAAAGAUGAUCUAUUGGUCUUGUCCCUUAAUCUUGACUGGCGUUAGAGGUGCCAGGGUAUGCCAUUCUCUUCGUUUAGCGCCCUUGAAAGAUUAUUAGCAAGUAACUUUACCUUUA